UAAAAAAAAGAAAGAAAAACACUCAAAUAACCUCUUUUUUUCUCUCAAUAUAUCAUCCCCUUUCUCUCUCUUUCUUUCAGACCUGAUCAAAGAAAAAAAAGCAGCAGCAAAGGCGAGAUAUGAAAAAAGAGGGAUUUAGGGGAUUAGUCCCUUUUGUAGCCAUGAAAAGGUUCUCUAUAGCCAUAUUGCACCUACUUUUACUGUAAAACAACUGAAAAGGAGUCUGAAAUAUUUUUCUAGGAUGGGUCUCUUUUAUGGAAUUUGACUUCCCAACAUGUUUUCUUUUAGGGAUGAGAGUUAAAUUUUGAUCUUUCUCCUGAUCAGUCCCUUUUUUAUUUUUAGUUUUUAAAUUUUCUUCUUGCAUAUAUGAGAAAGAAAGAAAGAAAGAUCAAAACAAAAUCCCCAAAAAAAAGCUGAACUGUCUAUUUUCUUUGAUUCAACUGCAGAAUUCUCUACUGGUAAAAUUUCGGAAAAAAAAAAAAAAAAAAAACAUUGGGUCGUUUCCCAAUGUCCAAUGGUACCCACUACUAGUCUGGUCUUUUUCUCUCUUUCUGCACCUAUCUGAUUUUCUGAAACUUUUUUUCUUUUGUUUUUCUAUUUUCUUUCUCUCUUUUGCUCUCCUCUCAAAUCUCAAUUUCCUACCCUUAAUCACUUCUUUUCUCUCUUCUCUCUCUCUCUCUCUCUCUCUCUCUCUCUCUCUAAAUGAUGCAAUUCACUGAGAUUCCACCACCGUUAUUGCACCACACGAGUCCAUUAUUUUCCAAUCAAACACUUAUGAACAAAAAUCAAAUCCACCGAACUCGACCAUGGCCUGGUUUCCCUUCCUCAAAGGCACUAGGAAACUUCGGAGACGCCAAUUGCAUGGAACAGCUACUCGUUCACUGUGCCAACGCAAUCGAAAGCAACGACGCAACUUUGGCCCAGCAAAUUCUCUGGGUCCUAAACAACAUAGCUCCUGCUGAUGGGGACUACAAUCAGCGUCUCACUUGCGGCUUUCUUCGAGCACUUAUCGUGCGCGCUGCUAGAAGCGGAAGCUGUACAAUGCUCGCCGCCAUGGCAAAUGCAAACAACAUGACCAACCUCACCAUUCACACCCAUAAGUUCUCCGUCAUCGAGCUCGCCAGCUUCAUCGACUUGACUCCCUGGCACCGCUUCGGAUUCACCGCCGCCAAUGCCGCCAUUCUUGAAGCUGUGGAUGGUUACUCGAUCAUCCAUAUCGUCGAUCUCAGCCUCACGCAUUGCAUGCAGAUUCCGACCCUUGUAGAUGCCAUUGCUAGCCGCCACGAGGUACCUCCUCGGGUUAAACUCACCGUUGCCGGCGCCACCGAAGACGUGCCGCCGAUGCUCGACCUUUCUUACGAAGAAUUGGGAUCGAAGCUCGUCAAUUUUGCUCGUUCGAGAAACGUAAUAUUGGAAUUCCAGGUGAUUCCUUCGAGUUACUCGGAAGGUUUUGCAAACUUAAUAGAACAGUUAAGAAUGCAGCACUUGGUUUAUGCUGAAAGCGGUGAAGCUCUCGUCAUAAACUGCCAAAUGAUGCUCCAUCAUAUUCCUGAAGAAACUCUCUCUUCCUCCUCAUCCUCCUCCUCCAUUGAUCCGAAUUCGGGUUUAUCAUCUUACGGUUUCGAAUCUUCUUCAUCUUCGGCCUCAAUAACCUCUCUAAGGACGAUGUUUCUGAAAUCGCUUCGGAGUUUAGAGCCUACUAUUGUUGUUUUGGUUGAUGAAGAUGUGGAUUUGACAUCGAACAACUUGGUUUGUAGAUUGAGAUCGGCCUUUAAUUACUUAUGGAUACCAUACGACACCGUAGACACGUUCCUUCCGAAAGGAAGCAAGCAGAGACAAUGGUAUGAAGCCGAUAUUUGCUGGAAGAUAGAGAAUGUGAUCGCUCAUGAAGGUCUUCAGAGGGUGGAGAGGAUAGAGCCAAAGAGCAAAUGGGUUGAGAGAAUGAGGAAUGCAAAUUUUAGAAGUCUUAGUUUUGGUGAAGAUGCGGUUUUGGAGGUGAAGACUAUGCUUGAUGAACAUGCGGCUGGUUGGGGUUUGAAGAGAGAAGAAGAAGAUCUUGUAUUAACAUGGAAAGGACAUAAUGUUGUGUUUGCCACAGCUUGGUUGUGUGCUUGAAGAAUUUUUAUUCUUAGUUUAAAUAAUUAAUAUCUCAAUUUGAACUUCUUCUUUUGUUAAGAGUUAAUUUCUAGUUUAGCCA